AUGGAAAACAUCGAGCAGACCGAACGCGAUCUGAUGGAGGGAUCUCGCCAAGUUGCAACCUUGGGCGAGUAUUUCGCGUGGCUGCAGCGUUACGAGGAAUUGAUCCAAGAGCUCGAAGAACGCAGUCGUGUCAAGCGUCCGCGGCUCUCGAUCGGAAACAGGCAAUCUCUGGUGGCUAAAAUCGCGCGAUUAGAAGGUGCAAAGACUCGAUUGCAGAGACGGUUUAUUCCCAGUGGUGGUGAUUACAGCGGUGAUAAUAACGCUGAAAGACUCGUUUGGAGUGGCACCAACGGCGACGGAGGCAGCGGCGACGGAGGCAGCUGUGACAGGGGCAGCGGCGGCGGAGGCAGCGGCGACGGAGGCAGCGGCGGCGGGAGCAGCGGCGGCGGAGGCAGCGGCGACGGAGGCAGCGGCGGCAGGGGCAGCGGCGACGGAGGCUGCGGUGGCGGGGACAGCUGCGACGGGGGCAGCGGCGACGGAGAUAGCUUCGGGAAUAGAGGAGGCGAAGGAGGCGCAUUAUGUGGUAAAUCGAGACAUACAGCUUCAUCGGAAAAUUACUUUAUAGAUUCUACAUAUUAUCAUGUAACUCCACUGGAACCUUUGAAUACAGAAGGAAAAGUAGUAAAAUUACCAUUAAUAAAAACUUCAUUGAAACCUUUAGUAAUGAAUGCAGAAGGAAAAGUAAGAGCUAAAGCAUUUCAAACUGUCCUUAAAAUGGGAACUGUUAUGAAUAAAAAGUUACCUCAAAGGCAAAUGAUACAAAAAGUUAAAGGUAGAUCAUUUCAUUUACCACUUUCAUUACAAGAAACAUUUAACAAAUUAUGUGCUGAAACUGAUCCAAUAAACAUGAGUCCUGAACUGUUUAUUCUAUUAAAAAAUUCAGAAUUCCAAGUGGAAGAGACAUCAGAUAUUGAAUCUGAUUAUGAAUUAUUGAAUAAUUCAGUGGAAGAACCAAAAAAUGAUGUAGAAGUUAGAGGGCAAACAGAAGCCAAUGUUAACUCAGAUUACCGAUAA